CGUCUUCCUCCCCUGGGCUGUUCCAGAUGAGACGCCUCCAUCCCUCCGCCCCUCUGAUCCUCUUAUCAGCGAGUAAGCGGCCGAGAUGGAUGUCGUAAACCAGUUGGUGGCGCAAGGACAGUUCACAAUAAUCAAACAGCCAUUGGGAUUUAUAAAAGUCCUACAAUGGAUCUUCGCUAUCUUUGCCUUCUCCACAUGUGGCAGUUACUCUGGCAUGUUCAAGAUGAGCGUGGAGUGUAAAAACCGGUCGGAGAGUAACCUGGGCAUCGAAGUAGAGUUUGAAUACCCCUUCAGGCUGCAUCAGGUUUACUUUGAUGCCCCCACCUGUAAGGGGGGGAACCCCGAUCGUCUGUUCUUGGUCGGGGACUACUCUUCCUCAGCUGAGUUCUUCGUCACCAUCGGUGUCUUCUCCUUCCUCUACUCCAUGGCAGCGCUCUCUGUAUACUGUUUCAUCCUGGAGAAGUACCGCGAGAACAACAAGGGCGCACAGAUCGACUUUGCAGUGACGGCAGUGUUCGCCUUCAUGUGGCUGGUGUCGUCAUGUGCUUGGGCUAAAGGCCUGUCGGACGUGAAAACAGCCACUGAUCCGGAGCAGGUUGUCACUCUCAUCCCAGCCUGUGACGAGGGGGAGAACCGCUGCCGUGAGGUCUACGACCCCAAAGUCUCUGGCCUCAACACCUCUGUGGCUUUUGGCUUCAUCAACGUGAUCUUAUGGAUAGGGAACCUUUGGUUCGUGUUUAAGGAGACAGGGUGGAUGGCUGCAUUCGCCGGAACGUACGCCCCCUCACAGGAGAAGCAGCCUGCCCCUGACUCCUUCGCUCAGGGAGGCUAUGGUCAGCAGGACCCCUACGCCGGCUCCCAGGGCGGAUACCAGCCCGAGUAUGGCCAGCAGGGCGGAUACAAUGAGGACGGAGGCUACAACCAGGGCUACGACCAGCAGCCCACCUCCUACUCCAAUCAGAUGUGAGCUGGUCCUGUGACGCUACAGCAGCAGGCGGGGUGAUGUUGUGUCCGUGGAGUGUGGCUCUCGACCACCACCUGCAUUUCUGCACUCCUCUGUUAGUCCGUGUGUGUAUUUGUGAGUCGACAGGUGGAGGGAGGGAGGCAUGGAGGCCAGAUCCUGGUGGGGCCUGGGGAGGGAAUCACUACUUGGGGGUGGGCGGUCAGGAUGUGGGGGGACACUGGUGGGUGGGGGGAGUGGGGUCUUUGCUGUAACAUGAUGUUUAUUCUCGUGCUGUAUUUAACUGUAGAAGACAACAGAGGAUUGUCUGUUUGGUUAUACGAGAAAAACUUGGAUACAAAUACCAAAACAUUCAUUGAUGAACAUUUAAGAAGAAAUCUUGUCAUGGAAAAAGACAUUUAUGGAAAAAAAUGUAGUAAUAUUUAACUUGAGAGAAUGUAUUUGUCUGUGCUGUGUAAAUAUCAACAUGCUGAUAUAUAUGAUUAAAGUGUAUGUCCACAGUUGAAUAAUUGUGCACUCCAUAUUAGUUGUUAUACAACAAAUGUUGAGCACAGAGUUAUUCAAUUGCAAUGACUUUGGUUCUGUUCUGGAGCUCACAUAGGUUCGUCCUCGCCCCUUCAAAUCCUCUCAUUAAUGACAUUGCAAUACUUUUAUCUUUUUUUUUUACGACCAUUAUUUAUGUUCUGUUCCAGGAUUUAAGGGUGACGGCAUAUUCCGGGAAACAGCAGAGAAAUAUGUCGAGUGAGCAGUGGUUAUUUAUAGUUUCUUUAGCUUUGAUUUCAUCGUCGGGUCCCACUGUCCAGAGAGGAUUACACUCUCAUAAUCCACUUCAUGUUGAAAACCUAAAAUUGCAUAGGGUUAAGAAAUUUAGUGAGCAUGGUAGCAUCCUCUAUUUGCUGUGCUGUUUCUGAAACUACCGCUAUUGUGUGCUAUCAGUAUGAAAUUGUGAAACCAAGGCAGUGAGCAUCUGUUCUAGACGCGUGCGUUUAAAUGUCAGAGUUGUGUCCCGUUUUUCGAUCGCCUUUUUCGUGGUCCGGAAAGUUGUAAGACAGAGUCAUAUAGUUUUUUAACCGCUGUUUCUAUCACACUGUAACCAGUGAGGUACACAUUCAACUGUUGCUCCGUAAGAAUAAAGUCUACUCCAGCAGGAUGACCUUUGUUAUGCCACGGUGACCUAAAUAUUUAAGGCGGUAUGAAGAAUAUGUUUAAAUAUAUAUACAUAUAUCUAUCUAUAUUUCUCCCGCAUCUUCAGUCCUUUGUCUUUUCUCCUCCGGAAGGCAAGUGAAUUUACUGCAUGCAUCUUAAACCUUAUAUCCUCAAAGCACCCCAAGUGAGAAGCAGAGGUUCAAAGGCUGCAGGGGAGUGUCAUAUUGUGGCGUUUUUCCUUUACCCAGCCUGGUUGUCACAGCGCCCCCCGCAGCUCUGCUAUCUUUUAUACAAAGCACAAAGUCAGUGCUGCAAUGACAAAUCCUGAAGAAAACCACAGCAUAACAGUGCACAUGUCCCGCUGCCAAUCCUGGACGACGAAGAUCAUGUUCGCCUUGACUGGUAGUUUUGCUUCCACAGGCCUCAUCAGACACAACUGUCCAUCUUAUCUACGCAGCCUUGGACUCACCCAUUUGCUUUUAUAAUUCAGGGUCUUUUGAUUCAGGCAGUGUUGAAGCACCUGGCUUUCUCUCUUCCUCUCGUCCCUCACCUGUUUCUUUUCUCUCCCUCCCCCCGUUUCUCUCGUUCACUGUAGCUCUUAUAAAUAUGCUGAAAUGAAAUAUACUCUGUUGUUAGUGGUGAAUGAUGUCUUGUGGUACUCUCUACACCUUUGGAUAGUGCUGUGUUUAUUGUGUAUGAUGUAUUCAUAUUAGUAUUUAUGAUAAUGAUAAGUCUGAAAAAAUAUCCAAAACUCUCCAGAAUUCUGCUGUAUUCUUAUUCUAUGGGAUCCAUGUGAAACAAAAACGAAAUAAACUUGAAAUUAUUCUGUUGAA